AGUUUAACGCCACCCUCACAUUAUCAUCUCGAAGCUUAAAAAUUAAAGCGCGCCAAAAACUUUCAAACUUGUUGAUGCCUGUUAUUCGUGACAUGUUUUGAAUAUUACGCGGUUAUCUACAAUGAGAGGUUUGAUAUUUUACAUGUUGCUUCUGGUUGCGACUGAAGGACUUCCUAUAGGCAGACCGCCAUUAUUGGAAGAUUAUCCCGAUUACCAGUUAGGCGUGAGAUAUGAUGAAUAUCCACUGAUUGUCCCGAAGAAACGAACAGCUAUAUUGAUGAAUAGACUAAUGGUUGCUUUGAAAGAGGCAUUGGAAAAUGAAGGACGAAAGGAUACAUUGAGAAAUGGUAACAAUUUAGAUGAAUUUUUCUCAAAAACUAGCAUGAAUUAUCCAAUGGGUGAAGAGGACAUUCGAUCGAUGGACCGUCGGGGACAUGGUAAUAUGAGUACCCAAAAAGCAAGAAGUUAUUGGAGAUGUUAUUUUAACGCAGUUACAUGUUUCUAAUAUUUCAGUACCACAAAAAUCUUUGGCUAUUUUUAUUGGCUUGUCAUUAUUCAUUGUGGUUACAUCUUGAAAUAAUAAAUGAAAUGGAACUUUUUGGUACAAAAGUAAACUGUUUGGAAAUUUUUUAUAGCAACUAAAUACUGGCCCUUCCACUAGAAAAUUUGGACUAUUUGGACUGAAUAACAGAAUUUCAUUUACUUGAAAUAGGUAUAGCUGUAUCUUACCUUACCUAUCAUCUUGUUCAGUUGUUAUUAUGCUGUGAAAUUUAAAAAAAAUUAUAAUAAUAAUAAAACAAAAGUAGUAGAAUGAGAUCGAUUUUACAAUUUUUUGUAUGGCAUAUACUGUUACUCUAAAUCACGUUUUGGGAUGAGUAUUGCCUGGUUCUCAAUGUUCUCCACAAAACGAAUCACAGACGUUUAAAUCCGGUGAACGAGGUGAACGAGCUCUGGUGCACUUUGAAGAUGAUAGAGAUGUAGAAGUUGCACUUCAAUGACCGUGUGUAUUACGUCUUUGGAAACUGCAAAUACUUUCAGGUUGUUGUUUUAUGAUUUCUCGUCUAUUGAAUGGAUAAACUGAAUAAGAAAAUGCAACUCAAUACAUUUGAUUAACUCCACUAAUAUUACUGAUAUGACGUUUAAAUAUACAUAGUUCACUUUACUAGUUUAUUUUUUUGGAAAAUACGUGAAAUCUCCCCCAGAAAGUGACUUAGAGUAAAAGAAAAUUGCGAUGCCAAAGAUUAUUACAUCGAACACACUAGGAGGGUGGAAUUGUCAAAGGUUACAUGGCCGACAACAUAAAUAACAAAUUAGAACAAGAACGGAAGUUGUGAAAAUAACUGUAUCAUAUAAAAGGUACAAAAUAAUGUAACUACCACAGAAAGUAGUACUUACGUCUAAAUGAAAUCUACCUGUUAUUUUAAAUAACUUUGGUAAUAUUAAUAUCAAUUAGAAUUAUUAUAGUGGCAAAAAUUAAUGGUAUAUUGUGUUUAUUUUAUAACUUUCACAAUAAUCGCUACGUUGUGGAGGAAAAUUUAUCGUCAUGCGUGUAGUAGCUAUCAUUAUUCGCUCAUUGUAUAAUAUACUAUUGAAUGUCAAAAAUUGUUGAAGUCCAGUUAUACAUUAAUUUGUUAGGUUCUAAUAAUAAUUUUUCAUAUAAAAAUACUUCUAUCAAUUUUUUUCCCUCUAAAAUUCUGCGAAAUUUGAGGAAUGCAUGUCAUAUCCUCUAGACUGAAUUGGUUAUAAAAACUCUAAGAUAGAAACCAAAAAGCUCCAGCUUAAGUAAAACGCCAAACUGUGUUAGUUCCUCGAAAAAAUUGUAUACUCUCUUUCUAGGCAACUUAGUUGUAUGAAUGGCAUUGGACUUAGAUAUUUUAAUAAAAGUUCCGAUAAAA